GUCAAAUUUAGCCAAAAGCUACUAUUUCAACUUUCAAGAGACCCUUCGACGCAUUGAUAUAUACGGAGUAUAUAUAUAUAUAUAUAUAUAUAUAAUAUUACACACACAAACACAGACUAUAAAGAUUAAGAGAGACGCCUAGAGAGAGAGUGAAGCAAGAAGAAAGAAAGGUGAACACUGCUCUGGAAGUGGAUUAUACUAUAUUUCUGUAUGUAUAUGUCUUCUAUAUAUAUGUAUAACUUUGUCUCCGUACUCUCCCCGUCUCUGUCUUGGAAUUCGUCAUUCUCUUGCCCUAGAUCUCAGGCACUUGUCCGUAACAGCAAGGCUUGAGUAUUGCGUAUUGUCUUCUGUUUUCAUGAAUACAGAUAGAGAGAGAGCGAUUGAUGGGAAAGUUUGAGGGAGAAAGUCAUAUAUUUGUUUAUAGAUAGGGAGAUUUCACUGAAAAAUGGGAAUUCGUAUCACAAAUCUUGUUUCUCUCUUCUUCUUUUUUCGUUAUUCCUAAAUCAAUUAAUUGAAGAUUGGUGGUAGGCUCCUAGGUGCUAAUAAGGGGUGUUCAGACUGGAAGUUAUUUGAAGGGAAUAAGUUCUUUUGAGAUUUACUGUAAUGCAUUGAUUCCAGAUUAAGACAGCUCAAGUUUGGCAUUAAGACAUGAAAGACAUGCAGGGCUUGUCUGCACCUCGCCAACGUUCUCAUUUAAAGAAGCCAAUGUGGAUUAUCUUCUUGAUUUCAUUGAUUACUGUUUUCUUAAUUUGCGCCUAUGUUUAUCCACCCCAGAACUCUGGUGCCUGUUAUGUGUUCUAUUCUAAUGGUUGCAAGAGUAUUUCUGAUUGGCUUCCACCUGCUCCUUUAAGGGAAUAUAACGAUGCAGAGCUUGCUUCUCAUGCUGUAAUUAGGGAUAUUUUGGAUAUGCCUCCAAUUAAAUCAGAAAACCCUAAGAUUGCUUUCAUGUUCUUAAUCCCGGGUUCAUUGCCUUUCGAGAACCUGUGGGAUAAAUUUUUACAUGGCCACGAGGGAAGAUUUUCUGUAUAUGUGCAUGCAUCUAAGGAGAAACCUGUAUACUUGAGCCCUUACUUUAUAAAUCGUGACGUUCGCAGUGACAAGGUAGCGUGGGGAAAAAUUUCAAUGGUUGAUGCAGAAAGACGGCUUUUGGCAAAUGCAUUGGAAGAUCCUGACAACCAGCAUUUUGUAUUACUUUCUGAUAGUUGUGUACCAUUGUAUGAUUUUGACUUUGUUUACAACUAUCUCAUGUACACAAAUAUCAGCUUCAUCGACUGCUUUGAGGAUCCUGGUCCACAUGGAAGUGGUAGGUAUUCAGAACAUAUGUUACCAGAAAUUGAGAAGAAAGACUUUCGUAAAGGUGCACAGUGGUUCACAAUGAAGCGGCAACAUGCUUUGAUAGUAAUUGCCGACAGUCUCUACUACUCAAAAUUCCGGGAUUACUGCAAGCCAGGUGUAGAUGGGCGCAAUUGCUAUUCUGAUGAACAUUACCUGCCAACAUUUUUUCAUAUGUUUGAUCCUACAGGAAUAUCAAAUUGGUCAGUAACACAUGUUGAUUGGUCUGAAGGAAAGUGGCAUCCAAAAUCAUACAGAGCUCAGGAUGUUACUUACGAGCUUAUAGAAAAUAUUACAUCUAUAGACGUAAGCGUCCAUGUUACAAGUGAUGCAAGGAGAGAAAUCCAGAUCAAGCCUUGCUUAUGGAAUGGGUUGAAACGACCAUGUUACUUAUUUGCAAGGAAAUUCUUACCAGACGCUUUAGAUAACUUGAUGCUCAUUUUCUCCAACUAUACGACGGUUUGAGUGUUAUAUAUUCGAUUCUUAUUUUUUAGUCGGAUCAGCAGUUGAUGGAUUGAAUGCUCCCUGACCUGGCUUCUUCUCGAGUGCAACGGCAAUUAGCAGAGUGUUUAGGGUGACUUGAGUUAAGCUGGAGAUUAACAAGCUGUUGCUAGAGUUGCUUCCUAGGGAAUGGGGGUUUUAAUGCUCAUUGUUUCCCUCUAUUUUGGGAAUUUUGUGUUAUAUUGUAGUUCUAGAAUAGAAAGUUCGGUACCUUAUUGCAGUGCAAUAACGGUUGACCUUUUGUAAAAGUUGAAAAUGUGAAGUUUUAUACGUCAUUUCACAAUA